AGGAUCAAGCAAAGAUGUCGAAGACCAUAAACUAAAGAUGCUCAAUUAUUGCAACUUGACUUUGACACCAUAAGAUUAGCAACUAAUGACUUCUCUCCAAACAACCAUCUUGGUGCUUGGUGAAGGUGGAUCUGGUGCAGUUUAUAAGGGUGGCUUGAGUUCUGGUUACAAAAAUAGAAUGACAGAGAAAGGUUCAUCAGACGAAACUGACACGAUGGAAUCAGUUGCACUUAUUCAAAUAUCUGGAACUGGAGUUCACAAUAAUAAGGCACUACAAGUUGAAGUGGUAGGGGACAACAAGCUGAUAUAUCAAGACAAUCCUAGGCUUAAAACCGCACUUGAGAUGCUCAGGACAAGCAUGAACCUCGAAGAUACUCUCCACGAAGUUCCUUCUGUUCUUCAGAGAGAUAAUGUUUUUGUGAUUCGUUGGCAAAAAGCCGAGACAGUUCAAGUGGAGGUCAAGGCGCUGAAGCUUUAUAUCAUCAAAAUCACCUCCACGAACACCAGAAUUAACAAUUUAGGCAUCACAAAGAGGGUAACACGGCUAGCCAAAGAAGGAACAGGAAAAACGACUUUGGAAAUCGGUGAUGGUGAAAAUGAUGUUGGAAUGAUUCAAGAAGCUGAUAUUGGUGUUGGCAUAAGAGUGGCGUUGAAGUUAUGCAAGUGCUUAAGAAAAGUAUUCUUCAGCAGAAUGGUUAAGAUAUCUAACAAUUACAAAAUCAGAGAAAUGGAGUUUUGGCUUGUGUCUUGUUGUGGGUUUCAGAUCACUCACUUCACUUGGUCUCUUGGAUCAGGAUCGAAGAAAUACAGGUAUUUUAAGGACUUAAACAUUCUGGAGAUGGAUGCGGUAGACAAGCUAAGCAGUUGCCCUUUUUUGGUAAUGCUUUUCGGUUUUCCAAGUGAACUGAUGAGUAAAGGAAAGCAUUUCAUAUUGAUACGAAAUCCUCUUCACAUACUGCCUUCCUCUGCGAAGGUUGUGAAUAUCGAUGAGCGUGUAAUUGCUGACGGAAAAGUUGGACUGGUAACGAGAACACUGCAAAACGCUAGCUUACAAGAAAAGGCAGAGGAUUCAGGGGUGCCAAUACAUACUAACCAAGAACCCUGAAAUACAAAACCAGAGAUACUGGGGAUAUUCACGUUUUGGUCUCUUUCUUUCUCAAAGUGAGAAACGCUUCUACUAUAGGUUUUGGCUCCUAAAUUGCAACAUGUGGCUUUCUUUUGUAGAUGCAGUGGUUUGGAGUUAUGCGGUGUCUGACUUGGCUGCUUGAGCAUUGUGUUAUGGUUUCAUGGGUUUUACUCGUUUCCUACCUUACUUUAGUUUUGGAUCUCAUUGGGUUAUUAACUGUUUUUCUUAAAACAUUAUGACAGCAAUUGGCAACCCCAUGUCAUCAAACCAUAAUUUGUUUGGCAAACAUGUGAUUCUUUUGAUUGCAUAUGAUUACUUAUCUGGAUACCUCAGAUUUUGAAUCUGAACUGUUAUUUUUUUGUAAGCGAAAGGUAAUAAUGAUGCCUUUCCUUU